AUGAGCCCCGAGGCCUCGACGCGAUAUCUGCUUGACCUGCACGGGUAUCCAUCUCGCGUGCUGUCUAUUCAUUGCUUUGGUGUUGCGUCAUCUGCAAACGCCGGCAUGUCAAGUGCGACGAGGCUCGACCUCAUUGUGGUCCUUGUGCAAAGGGCCAUAGACCGUGUAUCUAUGCGCCUCAGAGUACCAUUGAAGUGGCCACCACGCCCACGGUCAUUACCACAACUCCGACUCCUGGGAGUCCUCUCAUCUCCACUCGGCGACUUGACUCAAGGUCCUCCGGCGGGCAAGGACAGUCGUCGCAUGGUGGUGACAUGGGGGAGCACCAUGGUCCGCUACAGAUCUUGGUCGAUGCCUGCCAUCAAAAACGGCGAACAGGGAACGGGAAUUUGCCACGCGGAAGCCACGAGAGAAUCGAGAGGCAUGAAAGAUCCGACCUCUUUCCAGAAAUACGACAUCAAGAGCAAUUGCUGCAUCAGUCUGCUCCUAUAUCACCUGCUUCCAUUAUCCCUUCUGCUCGUUCGCCUUGUGGCUACGUUCCUUCCCCAGGAACGGAAAGCUCGGGCUCUGCUCGAGUAG